AUGAAAAAAGUAAUGGAGAUACACAGCACACGUAGAGUGAAUCUCCAUUGUUCUUUCUCGCACCCCACCUUGGUUUUCGGGCCAAAAAUAUAGUCCAUCCCCACCAACUUUAUAUUCAUCUUCCCGUAUCAAACGCCCCCGAGUUUUCCAUUCAUUCACUCACUCGCAAUGCCGCCGUCGUUAAACGAACUCACCAGAUUAUUCAAUGGCCUCACGCUUGUUUUCAAAGAAGUCGCCGCCACCCAACGAGCCACUUCUUUUCAAACCACCGCUAAUGAUCUGCAAACCCUCAUCAAAACCACAUUCAUCUCCGCCACUGAUUUAACCGGACUCAAUCGAGCCCAUCUUCCAGAUUCUUCGCCUCGUGACUCAGCCUCUGCGGGUUCUGCUUCUGGUUCAUCUAGCGUUGUGUAUUUUAAUCAAACGGGUGUGGUGGAUACGGAGGUUUCGUUGAAUGAUGAUAUUAAUGUGAGUAAUGUGGGUGAUAAUGGGGGUGUUGGUGUUGUUGAUCCUCAGUUUGGUGGUGAUGUACGUGGAGAGAUUGAUAAUGCAGCAGCAGCUGUGGAUGUUGAUGUUGUUCAGGGAGAAGCUAAGGUUCCUCCGGUGAAGAGGAGGAAGCUGAGGGAAAGGAAGGUUCCUUCGACGUCGUUUUCGAGAGCCCUGGGGUUUGCUGGUUUGGGUGCUGGUUUAGCAUGGGGAACCAUUCAGGAAUCGACCAAAAGACUUGUUUAUGGUACGCCUAUCUCGAAAGAUCAGAAAUCUGCAGUUUCCCCUUUCUUGUCAGAUAAAAACGCAGAACGUUUGGCUCUUGCAUUAUGCAGAAUGCGUGGUGCUGCACUCAAGUUGGGCCAGAUGUUAAGUAUUCAGGAUGAAUCUCUUGUACCUGCUCCGAUCCUAGCUGCUUUGGAUAUCGUUCGUCAAGGCGCAGAUGUGAUGCCUAGAAGCCAGCUCAAUCAGGUUUUGGAAGCUGAAUUGGGGCCUCAAUGGUCGUCUAAAUUGACAAGCUUUGAUUAUGAACCACUAGCAGCUGCAAGUAUAGGACAGGUACAUCAUGCCGUCACAAAGGAUGGUUUGGACGUUGCUAUGAAAAUCCAGUAUCCUGGUGUUGCGGAUAGCAUUGAUAGUGACAUUGAUAAUGUCAAACUGAUUUUAGAUUACACGAAUUUGCUUCCAGAACAAAUGUACAUUGACAGCGCUAUAAAAGUGGCUAAAGAAGAAUUAUCUCGUGAAUGUGACUAUGAAUUGGAGGCAACUAACCAGAAAAGAUUUCGUGAAUUGUUAUCUAAUACAGAAGGUUGUUAUGUUCCCAUGGUGAUAGAUGAUAUACGGAGUAAAAGGGUUCUAACUACAGAACUUGUUUCUGGAGUUCCGAUUGAUAAGGUUGCGUCCCUUGAUCAAGAGACUCGUAAUAAUGUUGGAAGAAAGUUGCUUCAUUUAACUUUAUUGGAGCUGUUUGUCUUCCGUUUUAUGCAGACGGAUCCCAAUUGGGGUAACUUUUUAUAUGACGAGAAUAAAAGGACCAUCAAUCUCAUUGAUUUUGGUGCAGCUCGGGAUUACCCAAAGCGUUUUGUUGAUGAUUAUUUGAGAAUGGUUCUAGCAUGUGCAAAUAAAGACAAAGAAGCUGUGGUCGAGAUGUCUAAAAGACUGGGGUUUCUUACUGGAAUGGAGUCAGACAUAAUGUUAGAGGCUCACGUUCAAGCUGGAUUUAUUGUGGGAUUGCCAUUUGCAGAGCCUGGUGGAUAUGAUUUCCGGUCCACGAAUAUCACACAUAACGUUACAAACCUCGGGGCAACAAUGAUAAAGCAUAGGUUGACAGCCCCUCCUGAGGAAGCUUACAGCCUCCACCGGAAACUUUCUGGUGCUUUCCUUGCUUGCAUCAAGGUAGGAGCUGUUGUACCAUGCAGAGAAAUGCUUCUUGAAGUAUACGAAGGUUACAAAUUUGAUGAAGACAUAGCAAGUCUUAACAGCUAGCUCAGUUUAAUAACACAGUUCAAAUCCAUCAGAGUUCUGCACCAUUUCUCCGUCCAUAUAUUCUACAGGUUGCAAUUCGGCUCUAAAAUUACCAUAUAAAUCUUCAAUAAUUUGAUCGUGUCAGCAGGUAGAUUUGUCGCCUAUGAAGGCCAUUUCAUGGUUUUGUAGUUAGUUUAUAUUAAUCAUGCCCGGAAGGCUAAAUAGUCAGUAAUAUUAUGUAUAUAUGUCACAGAUAAAUUGAGUGUUUAUGAUAGGAACAACUGAUAUAUCUUUCUGGGACCUAGAGGAAUCUGAGGAGGUCCAAAUUCAAUAAAUGUUACAGAAAUAUAGUUAGACA